AUGACUGUAAAAACUUCGGUGUGGCUCCAUGAAGCUGGACUUUACCUCACCUACGCCCACCCCGACUCUGUUCUCUUGGGCAGCAGGACAUCAAUGGCAGAGCUGCCGCUGGAACCAAAGUCCUCCCUGGAGAAGAAGAGCACGACACCUAGUAGGUCCUCAAUAAAGCUUUCUUUUAAGCAAAAAUUAAAGGAGCCAACAGGCUGCAGCGCCCUCUGCUGCUCUCGCCGAGGGGCCUGCCUUUCGACUCUUGUGCUGCUCCUGCUGGCAACUGUUGCUGCCCUGAUCACCUUGGUUGCCAUCUUUGGACUCCCACCAAGUACACCAGGAGCCCAGGCCUGUGUGACACUGACCAACAGGACAGGCUUCCUAUGCCAUGACCGAAGGAGCUGCAUCUCGGCCAGCGGGGUCUGUGAUGGUGUCCGCACCUGUCCCCACGGCGAUGACGAGGAUGAGGCCUUGUGCCGAGAUGUGCCCCAGAGUCUCCCCAGAUUCCUUGUGGCCCACUGUGGAAACCCAGAUUCCUGGAUCUACUCAGACCAAAAGUGUGAUGGAACCAACAACUGCGGGGACUGCUCGGAUGAACGGAGCCCAGUGACUGCAUGCCCACCUUGUGGCCCUGGGUGGUGGCACUGCCCCCCAACUGUCUUCAAAUAUUGUGACUGUAUCCCGAUGAGCCUCUGCCGGGACCGUGUGCAGCACUGCUCCGACUGGUCUGACGAGUACUCCUGUCCUGGACCCUGAGUGGCACCCAGGCCAGAACAGGAGGCUGGCUGAAUGGCAGUGGUAGUCCUCCACAUGAGCAUCAAAUCGAAGAGCAUGAGGGCAGGAAAGAGCAUUCAAGAUCAUCUAGUGAGAUCUACUGACUGUGUCUGAAUAGGACUUGCCUCUCCUGCUUUCAAGAUGUUCAGCCCCCUCCUUGAAUGCCUCCAGGGACAGGGAGCUCACUAUCAUGUUUGGCAGCUCCUAACA